GUCUGUCCGCGCUGCGGCCGCCCGGCUCCGGCCCCGCCCUCUGCGUCUCCGCCGGCCGCGGCCGCUCGGGGCUCAGCCUUCGCUGCCCGCACCGCCGGCAGUCAGUCAGUCAGUCUGUCAGCCAGUGAGGAGCCGCUGGCGCUCGCUGCGGGUCCGGGGCAGGAGCGCCGCGCCUGGGGAGGAGGUGGAGGCGACGGCAGUCGGGGCCGCCGGACGAGCGAGCGGCCGCCGCGAUGGAGCAACUAUCAGAUGAAGAAAUUGACCAUGGUGCUGAAGAAGACAGUGACAAAGAAGAUCAAGACCUGGACAAAAUGUUUGGAGCCUGGCUUGGGGAACUGGACAAACUCACACAGAGUUUGGAUUCUGACAAGCCUGUAGAACCAGUGAAAAGAUCUCCUCUUCGCCAGGAAACAAACAUGGCCAAUUUUUCUUACCGUUUCUCUAUAUACAACUUGAAUGAAGCUCUGAAUCAAGGAGAGACUGUGGAUCUGGAUGCACUGAUGGCCGAUCUUUGCUCUAUAGAGCAGGAGCUCAGCAGUAUUGGUUCAGGAAGUAGUAAGCGACAAAUCACAGAAACAAAAACUACUCAGAAGUUAGCUGUUAACCGACAUCCAUCAAAACACGGUACUUUGAAAGGACUGUCUUCUUCAUCUAAUAGGAUAGCUAAGCCUUCCCAUGCUAACUACUCCCUGGAUGAUAUCACUGCACAGUUAGAACAGGCCUCCUUGAGCAUGGAUGAGGCUGCUCAGCAGUCUGUGCUGGAAGACAUUAAACCCAUGGUAACCAAUCAGCACCGAAGAACCGCGUCUGCGGGCACAGUGAGCGAUGCUGAAGUGCGCUCAAUUAGUAACUCCUCUCGCUCUAGUGUCACUUCUGCAGCCUCCAGCAUGGACUCUUUGGAUAUUGAUAAAGUUAUGCGACCUCAGGAACUGGAUUUAACACAUCAGGGGCAGCCAAUUGCUGAGCAUGCUAUUUCUCUGAGAUGUCCCAGCAAGCAGGCCCAGCGUCAUAUUGACUUGACAGAAGAACAGGCUGAGCUGACACCUCACUCCUAUUUGGACAGGGAAACAUCCCUUCUUCUGAGAAACAUUGCAGGAAAGCCUUCCCAUUUGCUGACCAAGGAAGAACAGGCAGCAAAAUUGAAAGCUGAGAAGAUCAGAAUUGCCCUGGAGAAAAUUAAAGAGGCACAAGUGAAAAAGUUGGUGAUUAGAGUCCACAUGUCUGACGACAGUUCUAAAACAAUGAUGGUGGAUGAGAGGCAGACAGUGAGACAAGUGCUGGAUAACCUGAUGGACAAGUCCCACUGUGGCUAUAGUUUAGACUGGUCGCUGGUGGAAACCAUUUCUGAGUUACAAAUGGAGAGAAUCUUUGAAGACCAUGAAAACUUGGUUGAAAAUCUUCUUAAUUGGACAAGAGAUAGCCAAAAUAAGCUUAUAUUUAUGGAACGUAUAGAAAAAUACGCACUAUUCAAAAACCCACAGAAUUAUCUUCUGGGGAAAAAGGAAACAGCUGAAAUGGCAGAUAGAAACAAAGAAGUACUGCUAGAGGAAUGCUUUGGUGGAAGCUCUGUAACUGUACCAGAAAUUGAAGGAGUCCUUUGGUUGAAAGAUGAUGGCAAGAAGUCCUGGAAAAAGCGAUACUUUCUCUUGCGAGCAUCUGGUAUCUACUAUGUCCCUAAAGGAAAAGCAAAGGUUUCUCGGGAUCUGGUGUGCUUUCUCCAGCUCGACCAUGUGAAUGUUUACUAUGGCCAGGACUAUCGAAACAAAUACAAAGCACCUACAGACUAUUGUCUGGUGCUAAAGCACCCACAGAUCCAGAAGAAAUCUCAGUAUAUCAAAUACCUCUGCUGUGAUGAUAUGAGGACCUUGCAUCAGUGGGUCAACGGGAUUCGCAUUGCGAAGUAUGGGAAGCAGCUCUAUGCAAACUAUCAAGAAGCUGUGAAGAGGACAGAGUCUGCCUAUGACUGGACAUCCUUAUCCAGCUCCAGUAUUAAAUCAGGAUCCAGCUCUUCCAGCAUCCCAGAAUCUCAGUCCAAUCAUUCUAACCAGUCUGACAGUGGUGUCUCUGACACCCAGCCAGCAGGGCCAGGGCACAUCCGUGCCCAGAGCAUUGUGAGCUCCAUCUUCUCUGAGGCUUGGAAGCGCGGCACUCAGCUGGAGGAGACCAGCAAGGCCAGAACAGAAUCUCUGAAUCGGCCCUACACGUCACUGGUGACUCCUUUGUCCCCACAGACUAAGCCAGGCACCCCCUACACUGCUUCCCAGCCCUCGCCCCCGCUGCCCCCGCCGCCACCGCCACCUCCACCACCCCCACCACCACCUCCGCCACCCCCACUUCCUGGCCAGUCUGCACCGUCCUCAGGCUCGGCGGCCACCGUGUUCGUCAAGUACAGCACGAUCACAAGGCUACAGAACGCGUCGCAGCACUCUGGGUCCCUGUUUAAGUCACCGCCACCCCCAGGCACGCAGUCGCUGCCCUUGGCCUCACAGGCCGGCAAAGCUCAGCUCCUGGUACCCCCCAACGGUGUCGUGCCACCGCCCCCACCCCCUCCACCACCCCCAACUCCUGGCUCUGCGAUGGCCCAGCUAAAGCCAGCACCCUGUGCCCCUUCGCUGCCGCAGAGCAGCCCACCGCCACCGCCACCGCCAAAGAUCCAUCAGGUUCAGCCCACGGUGGCCCCUACGCCCCCCAAGCCCCCAGUGCCUGGGCCCACGCCCCCGCCGCCGCCAGCCAAAAAGCCACCCCCAUCCCCGUUCCCCAAACAGCAGAGCCUGGUUGGGAAGUCGCUCCCGCCCCCGCUGUCUCCAAUGCCCACCGUGCCCUCUGUGGUGAAGCAGAUGGCCGGUCAGUUCCCUCCUACUACUGCAGACGCGCAGCCCCUGAAGCCAGGCCCAGCCCACAUCGUGCCGCAGUCCCCCCCUGCUGUGAAAGCGAAGCCCAAGUGGCAGCCCAGCACCGUCCCUGCGCCUUCUCCGGACUUCCCUCCUCCCCCUCCGGAAAGUAUCCUGGCGUUUCCGCCUCCACCUCCACCUCCACCUCCUCCUCCUCCACCCCCAGCCCCUGCUGCUGAUAAAGGAGGAUCUCCGGGCAAAAAGCCCAGUCAGAUAUCCAGCCCUGGAGGAAAGAAGCCACCCCCGACGCCACAGCGCAACUCUAGCAUCAAGUCGAGCAGUGGCGAGCAGCUGGAGUCCAAGAGGCCCUCGGUGGAUACCCUGGUGAGCAGGUUCGCCCCACCCGCCGACGAGACCCUGCCCCCCGUUGCACUGCCCAAGCCCGGAAAGCUCCUGCUCCCCGGAGCCGGCUUCCCCAGCGUGCUCCCCGGGGCAGCGCCAGCCAAGCCCGCUGUGCUGAGCGGGCGACGGAAGGACUCAGUGGUGGAAUUCCCCUCUCCACCGUCGGAUUCUGACUUCCCACCCCCUCCACCUGAAACAGAACUUCCUCUGCCCCCCAUUGAGAUCCCGCCAGUGUUUUCAGGAAGCGCUUCCCCCAAAGUGGCAGUUGUUAACCCUCAGCCACAGCUGUGGUGUAAAACGUCCUCCGUGAAGAAGGCCCCUCCGCCCACACGACCCAAGCGCAACGACAGUACCCGCCUCACCCAAGCAGAGCUCUCUGAGCAGCCAGCAAUGGCCACUGUUGUGCCACAAGUGCCCACAUCUCCCAAGUCCAGCCUUAGCGUCCAGCCUGGAUUUUUGGCUGACCUCAACAGGACCCUGCAACGGAAGUCCAUCACCCGGCACGGCUCACUGUCCUCCUCCCGCAUGUCCAGGGCCGAACCUACAGCCACCAUGGAUGACAUGGCCCUGCCUCCGCCACCCCCCGAACUGCUCUCUGAUCAACAGAAGGCCGGCUACGGGGGCAGUCAUAUAUCAGGCUAUGCAACCUUACGGAGAGGACCUCCUCCUGCUCCCCCCAAAAGAGACCAAAACACCAAGCUCUCCAGAGACUGGUAACUGCCACAAAACGAGUUUCAUGUUACCUGUAAUCACUUUUACAAUCAGCUUACCUGAUCAUCUGUGAAUUCAGGUGUUCAGAGCCUCCUGGUAUGUUAUUCAGGUAGUAUGUGGCCGUGUGUGUGUUUGUGUCUGUGUACACAUAUGUAUACAUAAAUGUAUAUGUAUGUAGAGAGAACAGAGUAGUUCUAUUUAUUCCUUUCCUCUACAAAUCUGAAAAUGGGUUUUGUAUAUCUUGAGCGCAAGAGGCAUGGAAAGGGAUGUUUACUGUCUCUUAGGAUUUGUCUAUCAUGUAGAUUGGACCAAAAACUUCUAAUUAUUACUUAGAAGGUAUUUUAUAAGUGUCUGUGCAGUCUACUCGUGCAUGUUGUAUAUUACAUAAUUAAGGAAUAGAUGUAUAACAUGUUUCUCAGUUUGAGAAAACCAGUGUUAGACAUAGCUAUUGGGCUUUUAUGUUUGGUUUUCCCAAGUUGGCUGAGUUAGAACUGCUUGACUGAUUACUUUAUUACUAUACAUUAUAGGGCACUUUAAAUCAGGAAAAUCUCUGCUUCGUAGAAUGAGCAAAUAGUGCAGGAGGAGAAAUUUUUCACAGUGUCUUCAUGUGAUUGUGCAUAGCAAAGGAAAUCCAUGGUAUAACAGACUGCUGUAGUUGCAGUGCUCCUGCAAUGGUCCCACCCACAUCUAGGAUGUGUUCUGUCACAGGUAAGCUUGGUGUAGCAUUAAUACUCUAAUGCUGGCUAGUUUGAGUGCUGUCUUGCGAUGCCUCAAGUUGGCUUCGUGGUCUUCACUUUGAGAAUGUCCAACACAGUAUCCUUGUAAUGCACUGUCCCAGUAUGUCAUUGGGUCACCAGUUAAUCUUCUCUAUAGCAUAUACUUUAGGUAGAUGUUGAAAUUGUAAACAGUUGGUAUAUAAAAUACUCCCCUGCCCAUCAUUAAGAAAAACCUUCUGAAAUGUGUUGUGCAUUGCUCUCUAAAAGGUUAAGAUAACAGAACAAAACUGAGCCCUGUACAGAUAUCCUUGAUCAGGUUGUACAUGGGUUAUAAUAUGUAAAUCAAAGAAUCCAUUAACUAUGGAAAUACCACUAAGGGAAAGAAAAUGAGGUUUUUGGUAAUGUCACUCAUACCCAAUAGAGAGCUGUUUAGUAUCUUCACCGACUGCACCUUGGUUGUAGACACUGCUCUAGGUAACUAGGUGUUGUGGUGGAGUAACACAGUACCAAGUUGUCAGUGACCUUACAUAUUGUGCAUGUGCAGUUUGGUGUAACAAGGAACCACUGCUUGAAGGACACACUACACUUCUAUAUGCUUCAUACUAUAUACCUUCUUCUGUUAAUUUUCCUUUGUACAUGAGUAUGUACUGUCACCAAUUUACCAUAAAUCGACUCUUAUAAAUAAAAUGCAAUCAAAGCUGCUCUUAAACGAGAAUAAAAAUUGGCCGUCCCAGCAAUGAGAAACGAAACAUCUUGUAAUGAAAGUCUGUUCCUGCUGUGAGGAUUACCAGUGCAAGCUGCAGGUAUGUGUUGACACUGCCCCAUAGGAGAAAGCAACGCCAAUGAAUGGGAAAAGGGUAAAGAAUUCAAGAAUAAACUAAAAUUGUGCUGGGUGCAAGGCAUCACUGUAAUCUGUCGAAAAAGAACUGCAUCACAAAGAGGAAACAGUGCACCUUUCCACUCUGCAUCUCCAGGAUAUUUGUUCAGUAUAUUCA